AUAUUUGUUCUCUCUUCUUCUCCCAGCUCUUCCAUUCCCACAAUGAACUGUGGCACAUUCGGUGAAGAAUGCCCCGGUUCCGACGUAAGUCAUGUGUGGCAUUGUUGGCUCUUGCCCUGCUGGUGCUCAUUGUGACCUUCGCGCUUAAGUCGCUCGCCCCGGAAGACACGGCGUUCACCGACGGGAAGGAAAUCUCCCCGUACUGGAAACACGACGCAAAGAAGACCGAGGUCCAACAUGAGCGGCCCAGGAUGAGCAAAGCUGCCCGGCCGGAACCGGACGAAAAAUUGAUGGCCACGCUGAGCAAGUUCCCUCCACCAAACUACUACCUCCACGCCUUCUACUACAUCUGGUAUGGCAACCCCAGCUUUGACAGCAAGUACAUCCACUGGGACCACCUGCGGCUGCCCCACUGGGACCCCAAGGUGGCUCAGAGGUAUCCGCAAGACAGGCACAGCCCGCCCGAAGACAUUGGGGCCAACUUCUAUCCGGCACUGGGGCCUUACAGCUCCAGGGACCCGGCUGUCAUGGAAGCGCACAUGCAGCAGCUGCGUAUGGCGGCCAUUGGUAAGAUCAAGAGAGUGUGACACGCCAGGGUAUUUCCGGGUUGUAAAACAUGAUCGACUUCCCAUGGCAGAAACUUUUGUGGUUGUAUGUCCAGACAACCCCCAAAAGGUAAUUUACCAAAAACAAAAUAUUCACAAUCUAGU